AUGAAUGGGUUUUUUAGCAAAACAAAUAAGGUUUUUUUUUAUCCGUUGCGCAGGAAUUUCUCAACUAAUAAGGAUUAUGAUGUGAUAGUAAUUGGAGGAGGACCAGGGGGGUAUGUAUGUAGUAUCCGCUGUGGACAGAACAAACUUAAAGUACUAAAUGUAAAUGAAGAUAAAAAGCUAGGAGGUACAUGCUUAAAUAGAGGUUGUAUUCCUUCAAAGUCAUUAUUACAUAUUGCUCAUAAUUAUUAUGAAUCUAAAAAUAAAUUUAAAGAAUGUGGUAUAUUAGUUGAUAAUGUAAAAUUAGACAUUGAGCAAUUACAUAAACAUAAAAAUAAAUGUAUGGGAAGUUUAGCAGAUGGUAUAUCAUUUUUAUAUAAAAAAAAUAAUGUCAAACAUAUAAUUGGUCGAGGUAGUAUUGUUGAUGGUAAUACAAUUUUAGUUGAAACAGAAAAUGAAGGUCCAAAAAAAUAUACAGCUGAACGUAUUGUUAUAGCUACUGGUUCUAAACCUAUUGAAAUUCCAUUAAAAAAAUUAGAUGAUAAUAAUAUUAAUGAUGUUGAAAAUGUGAAGGAUAUAUUAGAGUAUGAUCACAAACUUCUUCAAACAUCUGAUGAUAUAUUAAACUUUAAAGAGAUCCCUAAAACAAUGUCAAUUAUUGGGGGUGGAGUUAUAGGGUUAGAAAUCGGUUCGGUUUUUUCCAAGUUUGGAUCAGAUGUAACUGUAUAUGAAUAUAAUAGUAGAUUAUGUGGUUUUCUCGAUCCAGAUGUAAGUAAAGUUUUACAAAAGGUUUUAGAAAAAAUUAAAAUUAAAUUUAUGUUUAAUACAUCAAUUAUUGGUGGUAAUUUAAAUACAAGUAAUAAUGAAGCUAUUUUAUAUGCACGAGAUAACAAAACAAAUCAAAUAAAAAAAGUAAAAUCAGAUAUUGUUUUAGUUUGUGUUGGAAGAAAGGCGAACCUAGAAAAUAUAAAUUUAGAAAACUUAAGUAUUGAAUUAAAUAAAAAUAAAAAAAUACAAGUUGAUGAAUAUUUUAAUGUCAAAUCACAACCAACUAUUAAAGCUAUUGGUGAUGCCAUUGAUGGUGCUAUGCUUGCACAUAAAGCAGAAGAGGAAGGUUAUAUAGUAGCUGAUAUGAUAUUCAAUGAAUUAAAAAAUAAUAAAACAAAAAAAAAUCAUAUCAAUUAUGAUUUGAUACCUAGUGUAAUAUAUACACAUCCUGAAGUUGCAUCAGUUGGAUAUACUGAAGAAAAAUGUAAAGAAUUAAAAUUAAAUUAUAAAGCAGUUUCUUUUCCAUUUGCUGCAAAUAGUAGAUCAAGAACUAUCGAUGAUUAUGAUGGACUAAUCAAAUUAAUCGUUGAAAAGGAUACAAAUGUAAUUUUGGGCUCUCAAAUUAUUGGAAAUAAUGCAAGUGAACUAAUUCUUCCUCUUUCUAUAUAUGCUUCUCAUAAAGGAACAUCAAAAAAUUUAAGUAAAAUUAUUUACCCCCAUCCAACCUUCUCUGAAGUAAUUAAGGAAGUAGCUCUACAAUCCUUUGAUAAGGCUAUACACAUGUAA